AUGGCCGCACUCAGCGUUGCAAUCGGCGCACAGCAUGGCUUAAGAUCUUCAGGAGCGGCAAGGCCUGCAGCUCCAGCUCGAACACAGCCAGACGAGUCUCUCAGCAAGUCUCUGACAGGUUGCUUCGCACUUGGCGCUGUCGCAGCAGUGCACCGGAAAAGGAGUCUGACCUUGAGGGAAUGGCGCGGGGAACGAACCAUGGAGAUCAACUAUUACCAGUUGGAUGCAAUGAAAGCCAGCAACAUUCGCAAAAAGACUGAAACAAUGCUUGAGGAAGGGGCAGCUGUGCUGAAGGGAUGUGCGGAAGAGAGCGCUCAACAGAAGAUGCUCUUGCUGCUAUCAAGCCCAGCAGUGAAGGAGUUGCUAGUGGCGAUGUCAAGGCUCCCCGUCUUCUCACACGAGUUUGGACUCGCCUUCAAGGAUGACCUCACCGUGCUCUCAGUAUUGAAGCAGCUGAAGUAUUUCUGGAGCCUCUCGCAGAGUCACCUGGCCAUUUUGCUUGAGAGGUUGGCUGAGCAACUGCGACUGGAGCAUGCAGCUGCUUUCCAAAGCUUACUGCAGGAAUUGGCAGAAAGUGACGAUCACGUAGUAGCCAUCAAGGACUUGAAGAUGCCAGAAGCGGUGCGAGCGUUCUAUGGCGAGAACGCGAUCCAUCUGGAAGCUGCCGAUCCACAUGGAGUUUUCCCCACCUCCAUCUACCGCCAGUGUGACGGUUUGACAUUGGCCACAGAAGACUCUGCGACCAUCGAGUCAGUGAUGAGUACGACCAUCACUACGACCAUCAAGAUCGCUCGGGACGUGUUGCAGCCUUCAAACAGGCUGUUGUUUGACGUCUACAAGCCCCUUGGUCGUUGUGUGGCCGUGGUGGAUGACAAAGUGGAAGCUCACUUUGGCGCUGACUUGGAGAAAUAUUUCGAAAUUAAUGGAAUCGAGUUUGUGAAGCUCGUCUUCAGUGGCAACGAGGUUGACAAGAACUUAAGCAAUGUCGAGCAGAUCCUCUUGGCCCUGAAGGAGAAUUGGCAGGCGCGCCAUGAGCCCGUCCUGAUCGUCGGCGGCGGCGUCAUUGCAGAUGUGGCUGGCAUGGCGUGUGCGCUCUACUCCAGGAACACUCCGUAUGUGAUGCUCUGCACGUCUCUUGUGGCUGGUAUUGAUGCUGGCCCUUCACCCCGUGUGUGUUGCAAUGGCUUUAGCUACAAGAACCUCUAUGGUGCCUAUCAUCCACCGGCUCUGACCAUCACGGAUCGCGGCUUCUGGAGGACCAUGCACCCAGGGCAGUUACGCCAUGGAGUAGCUGAGAUCAUCAAGGUGGCGGCGAUGGCGGACCUGCAUCUCUUCGAGUUGAUGGAGAAGUGGGGAAAGGAGACGGUGGCGACGAACUUCGGCACCUUGGGAGGCCUUGAUGACCCUGCUUUCCAAGAGGUUUGCGACCUCAUCAUUGGCAAAGCCAUGGAGGGAUAUGUCCGUGCAGAGUAUGGCAACUUGUGGGAGACUCAUCAAUGUCGACCUCAUGCCUAUGGUCACACCUGGAGCCCUGGUUAUGAACUGCCAUCAGGAAUGCUUCAUGGACACGCCGUCGGCACCUGUAUGGGUUUCGGGGCUUACUUGUCCUACAAGGAGGGAUGGCUCAGUGAAGUGGACAUGCAUCGUGUGCUGAAGGUGAUCUCGGAUUGCGAACUGGCCUUGUGGCACCCUGUGAUGGAAGACACCGUGUCAGUGUGGAAGGCACAAAUCGGCAUCGUGGAGAAGCGAGGUGGGAACUUGUGUGCUCCGAUCCCCCGCGCUUUGGGAGAGUCAGGCUAUUUGAACUCCUUACCAGAGCGUCUCUUGCAUCAGAGGAUGCAUGAAUACCAAGAGCUCUGUUCCAAAUAUCCUCGUGAGGGCCGGGGUGUCCAAGAGCAUAGCGUGGACGUGGGCCUUGAAGAUCCUAUGAGCAAGAAAGAUUCGAUCCGCGACGCUGACCGCUGCGUAGUGACCCCUAUGGACCGCGUGGUCGUCCAGCUGGGUGCUGCGAGCCAGAGUACGAGCGGAGCAGGUGCCAGGGCCAUCGGAGAGGCCGCUCGCAUCGUGGACGGCAUCGAUGAGAUGGUCACGAAGUAUAGCUCCCAACCAUCAGAGGCAUUGAAAAACGUCAGCAAAAGGACGGCCAUGACGAAUCCGCUGUGGGCAGAGCUGAUGGGACAAGGCAACACGAGCAGAUUGAUGGAGGCUGAGAUGAUCUCAGGGCAGGCGGAGGCUCAGUUGCUGCAGCUCCUCUUGAAACUCAGUGGCGGCAAAGACGUCCUGGAUAUCGGCACCUUUACCGGCUACUCAUCUCUCGCCAUGGCGGAGGCUAUCCCGGAGGAUGGCACAGUGGUGACACUUGAGAGGGAACAAGAGGCUAAAGAUAUGGCCAAGGCCAACUGGAUUGGCUCUCCUCAUGCGUCUAAGAUCGAGUCUCUAGUGGGUGAGGCUCACGAUUUGCUUAUUUGCUUGGCUGCUGAAAAGACGAGCUUUGACUUGGUCUUCCUUGACGUCGAUAAGCCCGGUUACUUUGGCCUUUAUCAGAUGCUGAUGGAUAAGAACCUUCUGAAGGUCAAGGGCCUCCUGGUCGUGGACAACGUGAUGUACAAGGGUGAAGAGUUGUCGGGCACUGAGCUCACGAAGAACGGCCAGGGUGCUCAAGCAUUGAAUCAGGGCCUACUUGAUGACCCCCGAGUGCAGCAGGAGCAUCCUGAGCAUCAACGUGAUCACGCCACCACCUAUGUCUAUGUCAGCGAUGCAGGACACUCUCAAAUGUCCCGCUGA